AAAUUAAAUAGUUUAAGGGGUAGCAUCAAUGCAUUAAAGUGCAUCUCAAUUGGUGAUCUUUUCGUACAAGGCAAAUUGGCUUCUUGCAUGUUUGCAUGUGAACUAGCAGCCAUGUUUUGUAGACAUCAGACACUCAUGAUGAUAUUCAAGCAGGAAGUAAGAUGAACUGUAUGGUUUGGUUUAAGUGUUUUAAAUAGAACUAUCACAGAAAAUCAAUUGUUUUUCCACCCUCUUUUUAAAUAAAAUUUUUCUAUUUUUUUUAAGCAAUCUUUAUUAUUUUUUUUAUUAAUAUUAAUAUUGAUAAAUGGGUUGCAAUCAGUUUAAAUUAUUCAAAAAGUCUCAAACAUGUGUGCAUGGCUUUUUAAAAAGUAAACAAUGGUGCCAUCUGCUGGUUAAAUUCUCUGACUGUAAUUUAACAGUAAAAAAAAUGUAUUUUAAGAAAAACCUUGACAAUUAGUGUUACUUUUUAUUUAAUGGCUUGCAUAACUUUAUGACAGCUUAAGAAAUCGUUUUAAAUAUAUUUUAAUCAUUUUGGGUAUUGUUUUACAUUUUUAAAUUCACUUAAUAAAAAAAAUUACACAAAAAUACCCGUUCUUGAUCUAUUUCCCUCUCAUUUCGAUUUAACUCAUUGGACAAAUUGUUGUGAGAUAAAUCUUAAAUUAAGCAAUAAAUCUAGCUUUGGUUAAAAAAAAAAAAAACUUUUAAUCGUUAUGUUAUAAACUUAUCAGAUCUUUAAGUGAAACUAAAAAAAAACACGAGGGUUAAAUUAGCAAAACGUAUAGAAAUACUACAAGUCCGACAAUCCGCAUUUCACCUUUACCCUUGGUGAAAUAUAUUUUUAGAAAAACAACUGUGUCGCUAGAUGAUGACGUCAUUCUGUAGUUAAACGCAAUGGCGGCUCAUGCUAGCGAGCUCGAGAUCGCGAAGAAGAAUUUAACUGAUGCAAUUGGUGAUAAUGUUAAGCAUUAUUGGGCUAAUCUGAAGUUGUGGUUCAAACACAAGAUCAGUAAAGAAGAGUUUGACAUUGAAGCCCGUCGACUGUUGGCUCAGGAGAAUGUUCAUGUUCACAAUGAUUUCCUCCUCGCCAUUCUCACACGAUGCCAGAUCAUCGUUUCCACACCAGAGGGCACAGGAUCGUUACAGUGGCAGGGGAACUGUCCUUCAAAGCCUGGCAAAGCAAAAGGGAAGAAAAAAUGUUCCUCCAGACAAAAAUUUGAUCAUCGCUUUCAGCCUCACAACCCUCUUAGUGCCGCUCAGCCCUUCAGCCCACGAGAGGCGGGGGGUGAGGAGGAGGAACUGCGCCUGAGUGCCCACACUCUGCUGUUGCCCACCCGCGGUCAGCUGGAGGCCCGCAUGAUGGUGACCGCUUUUGAGCUGGGCCUCGACAACAUCACGGAGGACGCCAUCAGCACCAUGGCCUUUGCUGUCGAGCACCACCUGAAAGACGUCCUCACCGCCGUCAUCACUCGGAGGAAAGCGUACCGAUUACGAGACGGCCACUUCCCUUAUGCCUUCGGCAGUGACGUCACGCCGCAACCGUAUCUGAAGAACAGCCUGGCCGCCUACCACAGCGUUACGGAAUGUCCUCCUCCAAACGCCUCCCUCCCUGCAGGCCCCCCACCCCAGAUCCCCCCCGAUGAAGCUGAGCAGAAAGCCGUGCACCUCCUGGCCUGCUCCUCCAACAGCCCGUCAGCUCCUCUUCCUCCAAUCAGCAUGUUCGACCUCCUGGAAGCUCUGAAGGUUCAUCACAGCGUGAUGCCCUCCCACACUAUGUACGCCCUGAACAUGGAGCGCAUCCUGGCUCGCCUCUGGCACCCCAGUCACGAAGAACUGGAGCAGGACCGCGUGCAUCGGCAGCGGCUGGCGGCUAAAGAGGGCGUGAUGGUGAGCUGAGGGCCGCUGACGCCAGACCGGAACCGCCUCCGGUGAGGCGCUGGUAGAUGCGAGGCGUUGCUGGGAAAAGCUCCACUGCAGUUCAUGAAGAGAUAAAUAAGAUGGAACAAAUGUUUAAACGGACUCAGACCAUUGUUGGUUCAUGGCUGCUUUAUUAAGAUGAUGUAAAUUUAUUGUUCGCGUUUAGUUUUUUCUAAAUUACAGCAGUUGGAGUUAAAUGAGUGGUUUUUGGACAGUUUAGUUGCACAUCCUUUGACCACAAAGCCUCACAACAAAACACAAAGAGACACUCAACUUUUAAAAAUGUUGCUUAACAGAUGUGAAGGAGGCACCCGGUGGAAAAGUACUGCAUUCAUCUGGCAGCAGGUCGGGUCAGCUGACUCCAUGAAUGCACCCAAGGAGCAGGUUUUUCUGGUCACUAAAUCAUCUGCCUUCACAAGCCGAGGAUAUUCCACCGUGUCAAAGGCAGAGCUCACUUUUUCAACGUGGAGGGGCCCACACAGACCUGAGGCCAUCGGUGGUCUGUGGGACGUACUUGAUAGUACAACUUCUUCAAACACGAGUGCAAAAGUUGUCUAAAACCAGCUCCAGACAUCUCCGUUUAGUCCUGAACUGUGUCAUCAUUGGACAUUUUCUAGUGACGCCAUCUGUACAGAUUUUGUUUGUUUAUGCUUAUAUGUAAAUAAAGAACAUUUAUACUGCUUUUUGUUACAAAUUUAAAAUAAAAUAAAAAAAUCUGAAUUUUAAAA